AUGGCGGCUCCGUCUGCCUCUGCCUCUUACAAGAAGAAGGAUGGCACGCUCACAGUUUCUAAGGAUCAUACCUCGAUAUCAUGGAUCCCCGCAGCUGGUGGUGCUGGAGGUGCGGUGACGGUGGCAGUGAAAAGCAUGACCAAUCUACAGCAGACACCUGCAAAUAAUCCCAAAGUAAUGCUCCGGAUUUUCGCCCAAGAGAAUGACGCUCCAGAGCCGCACGUGUACAUCUUCACAUUCAAACCCGGUCCUAAUGCCCGCGCAGAAGCCGACGCAAUAAAAGAUGUUCUCAGUGUCGCGAUCACAGCAGCGAAAGCUGCUUCCAUCCCUGGUCCGGAAGGGUUACCAAGUGAUGGAGUUUCAGCAGCGAUGGCAAUGGCAAAUGCGAUAUCGUCGGCUGGAACGGGACAAGCUGCAUGGGAUGACGAUAAUAAACUGAAAGCAGACGCUGAGCUGCAGCAGUCGCUACUCAAAUUCGAUCCAAGUCUACAACGCAUGUUUAUGGAAUCUCUCCGCACGAAACCUGAGUCGUUGUCAGGUAGUCAGUUUGUGUCCCAGUUCUGGUCGACCCGAGUCCAUCUACUCCGAGCGCAUGCGAUAGAGAGAGCACAGUUGCGAGGCUCUUACAAUGUUCUUUCGUCACUGAAACCGCGCACGGACAAUAAUGUUACGAAGCUAAACAUUAGCAAAGAACAGAUACAGCUGAUCUUCAAUCAGCACCCCCUGGUCAAGAGGGUCUACGAUGAGAAUGUUCCUAAACUUAGCGAGCAACAAUUCUGGUCGAGAUUUUUCCAGAGCCGGCUCUUCAAGAAGCUUCGUGGAGAACGAAUAUCCGAAUCUGAUGCGACAGACGUUAUCUUGGAUAAAUACCUCAAGGAAGAUGAGCAUGCUGAUCGGGUCAAGGACACUCAGGUACCUCAUUUUAUUGAUCUGGCUGGGAAUGAAGUCAACCACAGUCAGCGGCAAGGUAAUCGUCCCGAUUUCGAUAUGCGACCUGCUUCCAUUGAAAAGGUUCCUAUUAUACGAACCCUGAAUGCACUCAGUGAGAAGAUCAUGGCCAAUGUAGCACCAGCCGAUGGAGACCCGUCUGCGCCUAUUGGGUUGGAUGAGGAAACGUACAACAAUUUGAUAUUGAAGGAUCUUCAGGGAGAUGAAGAGCAACACCGCAUUAUCUUGAAUAUACGGGACCAAAGCCGAUUCUUCGCUCAAGGGAAGCAGAAGGAAGGUAAAGAAGGGGAGGCGUUUGCGAAGCAGGAUCCGGCACAAAUAAUUACAUCCAUGCAGAAGGAUGUAACUGGGACAUUUACAACAGAUGGCUCUUUCCAUCUGGGGAAGAUUAUUGAGCCCGACGAGGAAGACAGCGACGACGAAAAUGGCUCGCAAAGUGAAGCUGUUGGGUCUAAGGCUAACCUGCAGCGCGCGUCGACGCAAAUCUUUGACGCGAUUCGAGAGCGCAGAGCACAGACGGAGGUCUCUCCGAAUUCCGGGACAUGGGGUCUAUCAAGCACACUCUUCGACAGGUUGACCUUGACGCAUGCGACCACUACUGAGUUUUUGCAUCAAUUCUGGCAGGCCUUCCUGUCCGGAAACCCUGAACGAGCUGGUGAGCUCGCCUCUCUUAUGGAGUCGUUGAACCGGGCAAUGGACCGCAUUAAAGCUGUUGCCGCUGAUGCCGAGGCCGAGAAAGAGGUGGAAGUCAACCGACUGAAACAGAAUGCCCGUGAUGUCUUAGCAGCAACGGGGAAAAAAAUGCGCGUAAAUCUGGCUGGCGUGGGGGGCGGCGAAAAGGUCGUCAACAAGCUGCUAGGUCCGACGAUAUCGGCUUUGAGUUUAGCUAGUAGCAAAUAUAAAGAAGCGCUGGCAGAGGCAAUGGCUGCUGCUGCUAGAGAAGAUUCGCUUGCGCCUUGA